GCCAUGUCGCUAUGUUUAGGUUGACAUUUUGAUCUCUUGCUUCCUCACAAACUAUUUUGCCUUCCACAGCCAAGAUGACUGAUCACGAGAAAGAGAUUGAAGAUUUCGGCAAGAAUGAUGAUUUUUGGAUAUUCGGAUAUGGGAGCUUGAUCUGGAAACCACCACCACACUAUGACCAGCGUGUACCAGGGUACAUAGAAGGCUACGUCCGGCGUUUCUGGCAGCAAAGUGAAGACCACCGCGGCACGCCCGAAGCCCCAGGCCGCGUCGUCACGCUCAUCGACCGCGCGCACUGGGACACAUUAACAGACCAUCACGAGCCCACCGAGCGCGUCUGGGGCGCCGCCUACCACAUCCCGCGUGAAAAAGUCACCACAGUGCGCCAGCUAAUGGACAUACGCGAGAUAAACGGGUACUCGAUACAAUUCACGCCCUUCCAGCCCAUCCCAUCAUCAACCCCUUCUUCUGCCUCGCCGACACCGCCAAUACGCUGCCUCGUGUACAUUGGGCUGCCCGAGAAUCCGCAGUUUCUGGGCCCCCAGGAUCCGGGGGAGUUGGCGAGACAUAUUCUGCAGAGUCGUGGUCCGAGUGGGGAGAAUAGGGAGUAUUUGUUCAAUUUGCAGGAUGCGCUUGUGGGAUUGGGGGCUGAGAGUGGGGAUGCGCAUGUGGCGGAUUUGGUGAGGAGGUGUCGGGAGAUCGAGGGGGAGGGGGAGAAGUAA